AGCAGCAGCAGCCACGUGACCUACAAACGAUGGUGACGUUAGUGAUGUCGGCCGUGGCCGCGUUGCUAGAUGGUCUCCUCUUUAUCAAGCUGCAUCUUCUCACACGUACCAAGAUCGGAUGUCGUCUAAUCUCGCCCAGUCUGUAAUAUUCAUUCAUCUGACGCUGGUCGUUUUUAUUAUUGUUGUUAAUACAGUACUGUUGUCCUCGACAACACAGCAGUUCUUCCUUUAAAAACCCAUAUAUCUAUAUAUAUAUAUAUAUAUUAUAUAUACAAACACACACUUGAAUAUUAAUAUUAUUAAUUCACCAUUGCCUCUACAAUGUCCCAGUUCGGAAGAGAUUUGGACAACUUCAGCGCCUGCAGAACUGUCCGCAUUAUCGGCUCGGAAUGUGUGGAAAACUAUACGGUGUAUGUUAUCGAGGUAACAAUUGGCCCCUACACAUGGUGUGUCAGGCAUCGAUAUAGUGAUUUCCAUGAUCUGCAUGACAAGCUUGUAUCCACUUUCAAGAUUGAUAAAAGUCUACUUCCACCAAAGAAAUUGUUUGGUAACCAAUCUGAAACAUUCAUUAAGAAACGACAAAAUGACUUGGAAGUUUAUUUGCAGACAAUUCUGUUUUACUUGGCACAGAAAAUACCUCCGGUCUUGGCAUACUUUCUUGACUUCAACAAAUAUGAGAUUCAUGGUAUAACACAGGCAUUAGCAGAAGACUUAUAUAACAGAGGAGAAUUAAUCCUUCAAGCAAAAGAACCAUUUCAGAUGUCUACCCUGCAUUUAUAUGCAUUGACAGAGAGGUUAAAGUUACCAGAGCCCACCUGUGAUAGUGGUGAUGUUAAAAAAGAUAUCGGACACAUACUUGACUUCAUCACAAGAUUAAAACAUCUAAAGAUCUGUGGUAGCCGUGAUCCAGUUGGCAGCAGUAAUAUUGAUAUGAAUGAGUUGCGUUUUGAUCUGACCCUAUUCAAAUCUUUACAAACUUUGGAGAUUUUAAAUUGCAACUCACUGCUCAUCACUGGAUUUGAAACAAUUAAACAGACCUUACAAAGAAUUGAAGCCCACCAUUCCAUGAAAGAAAUUAAGGAUUUACUAUUACAAGAAUAUUCCCACUGGCGAGAUGAAGAUGGCACCUUAAUUGUAGAAUUUUGGAAUCAUAUUAUAGAAGCAGAUUUUAGUCACAAUUCAAUAAAAUGUAUAGAUGAGAGUAUACAAUUACUUCCACAAGUCGAACACUUGGACCUAAGUCACAACUUCAUCGAUACAAUCCAGAACUUGCAGUGGUUAAGUCAAUUAACGAGUUUAAAUCUAUCACACAACAACAUUGAUCACCUUGAUUCUCUCCAUACAAAACUUGGUAAUCUGAAGACACUCAACCUGGCAGGAAACAGAAUUAAACACCUGCAAUGUUUAUCAAAGUUAUUUUCACUUGUUAAUUUGGAUAUCAGUAACAAUGAUAUUUCAGACAUCAAUGAAGUGAAGCAUGUCAGUGGCUUGCCUUGCAUGGAGAAGUUGUCAAUGGUUGCCAAUUCUGUUACCAUUGUACUUGACUACAGGACUAAAGUACUUGCCAUGUUUUUAGAGCGAGCUAAUGAAAUAUGUCUUGACCAUAUGAAAGCUUCUCAAAAAGAAUUAGAUACUGUAGCUGUUGUGUUAGCUAUACAGAAAUCAAAGGAGAACAAAGAGAAACUUCGCAAGUUGAUGCCAAAUAAAAACUUUUCCGAUGUGGAUUCUCUGAGCAGAGAUUCCAGUCCUCGGUCAACUCUCCCUGUUAUGUCAUCAACACCACCCCUCUCUUCGAAAUUGCUUCCUACAACUGCUCCUUCCACUUUCACCCCUGCAGCAGUGACAACAGCAGCAUCUACUAACGCUCCGAGAUUGGUAACGACAGUGACAGCAGCAGCAACAACAACAACAACAACAGCAACAACAGAUGAAGCACCAGUGUCAGCCAAUUCUGACACAACCACCAAUUCAAUAGAAACAACACCACCACCACCAGCUGACGCAGAAACAACAACAGUAAGAAGACCCAUUUUAGAAGUAGCAUCAGAUUCUAUAUCAACUAGUAUAACCUCCUCUUCUACUCCUACAACCAUUACUACUACUACUACUUCUAUUGCAACAACUACUACUACUACAGCAUUAAUAGCAGAAACAACAGCUGGUACCUCUUCAACAGCUUGUACCUCUCCAACGGCUUGUACCUCUUCAACGGCUUGUACCUCUUCAACGGCUUGUACCUCUUCAACGGCUUGUACCUCUUCAACGGCUUGUACCUCUUCAACGGCUUGUACCUCUUCAACAGCUGGUACCUCUUCAACAGCUUGUACUUCUAUCCUCAACACUUGUGCUGCUACUAACAUCAUUUCUGAUGCUAACAUUAGUAGUUCAACUACAAUCAUUGACUCUGGUCUCCCUACGGACACUUUAACAGGAUCUAACACUCUUAACACAUCGGGGUCGGAUCUCUCAGAUUCUCCUCUGCCAGGUAAUCAACCAAGUGUCAUGGCUUGCUGCCAAUUAGGAUUAGAUAAUACUGGAAAAGGCCCGAAACCAACUCUUCUAGCUAUUGCUCUCCACUCUAGUCAUUUAGCUGCUCAUCUUUCUCAAAACAAACCAGCAAGUGUCACAGACAAUCCCCCGAUUUGCUCCUCUUUGCCAUUGGGCAACAGCCACCAGAGCUGCUCAGAAAGCAGUGCAAACAGUGAGCAGCAAAUGGAAAUCAAAAGAGACAACAGUAACUCCAGCUGUGAACUGGACUGCAAUCAGAACCCUUCACCACCAAAUUAUCCCCAGGUGAAGCAACAUCUACAACGGCCGAAAGAUUUUCCUCAAGAGGUCAAAAGCUAUGUUUUCAAAUUUGAGCAUCUUCCUUCUGUACUGAACUGUAAUUUCUGUACUAAGUUGAUUUCAAAUUUGACCGGUUCCAACGAGACAAAACGGAAAGGAGAAAUCUGCGAGUACGUUGAAUACUUGUUCUGGAGCUAUGCUGUCCAGUACACACGCCCAAACAUUAUGAACCCUACAUGUGUUGUACUUACUCAGAAGCACAUCUUCAUCCAACACUUUGAUGGUUACAGUCAGGAUUUCCCAGGAGUUCCUCAUACUACUACAUAUUAUAUUCUUCCUUUGUGUAACAUUCAACGAAUUCUUAUCAGCCACAAUAUUGUUCAACUCGAAGAAUCUUUCGUCGGUCCCAGUGGGAUUUUCCUUCUCUACCAAGUUGAAUCUCAUCAAAUUAAAACCUUUACCGAUAUUUUGAAAAAAUGCUACCAAAACAACGCUGAUCAAGAAGUUCCCAAAAUUAUUGAUAUUUCAGGACAGCUUUAUUUUUCGGAUUUGAUUGAGAAUGUGGAAUCAAAAGAAGGUUUGUAUUCUUCAGAAAUAACAUUUACUGCCAUUGUUAUAUACGAUGCCAUGUGGCAUACUUUGGCUGUAUCUGAGAAUUAUUUGUACCUAGUGGAAACGGAAGAUUUCUUUUUUAGCACAGACUGUUUUGUCAGUGAGAAUCCUGAUUCCGAUGCUGUUGACAAGAAUAACAAACAUUCAAUUCUUAAAUACUACCCUAUCAUGGCAGGUGGAAAUGUAAGCUUUAAAUGGUGUCAAAAUGGCAGCAAACAACUUCGUUUUCCAGAGAUUCUAAAUAAUGUCAGAUAUGAACUUCAUCCACUAUCAAUGGAAUUCAAUUGCCAAGGGAAAACGGAAUGUCUUGCUCUACAUUUUCUUAGUGCAAAAACACGGGAUGAGUAUUUAGAAAAAUUCACAAGUCUUCGAGCACUGAAUGUCAAUAGACUGUCUUUAGCUGCACGCCAGGAACCUGAAGGAGCUAAUGAAGAUAAUGAUGUUGAAUGUAAGAAAUUGCUUGUAACUAGCGAUGACAUAGUUUUAACCAAAGAUUGCCUUACAAUAAAUCACAGUUCCAGCUUGACCGUUUCCUCUCCAAAUUCAUCUAGUUCCCUAAAAACCCCUGUCAAUGUGCAGGAUGUAAGAAGACCAAGUUUCACAAUGCCAUGUGAAGAACAGCUGACUUACCUAACACAGUGUAACUUGACGUACAAAUUAGUCAAAUCUCGAUCUCCUUGCUUAGAAAGUAUCGGGAAAAUGAAUGGUUACGAACUGAUACAGUUUUUUCAUACAAAUAUUGCUCACAUAGGUUUUGAGAAUGAGGAGAUGAUGUAUGUUGUUUGGGCAGAUGUUGUUCCUUACAGAAACCCAGAUCAAGAAAUUCUAUCAUUAGUAGUUCUCACCUCGAGGGCAGUCUAUUGUAUUUCUGAUACUAAAGUGAAAUUACCACCUAAAUCCAAACACACAUGGAUGACACACUAUCGUCACAAAUCAGACUCAGCCAUUGACGAUCAUCUGAUACAAGGGAAAUCUGAGGACAGCCAUUGUUCUGGUAUCCUACACAAAGGCGGAUUCCAGCAUUCUCAACUUCCUCGAGCAUUUAUUACCAUUCCUCUGUCUCAGCUGGUCCAGGUUAACAUUGGUAUGUUUAACCAAUGUUUACGCUUUACUGGACCUUCAGAUGACUUAGUUUGUACUGUUGUUACUCGUGAUUGUGCAACUACUGAAAUUUUUCUACAGGUGACUUUCUCUGUUCUCUCUUCAAAUGUUGUUACUUCUGCUGACACACCAUCAGAUUCUGAGAUGGAUUUCUACAGCCUUGUCACAAAAUCUCGUUCUGCUACAGAAGGAAGUGAAUACAUCCAUCCCAGCAAGGUUCGCUUUUGUUACCCUGGUGAAGAAACAAUUUCAGACAUUUUGUAUAUAAUCUCUGAUAUCUCAAGGGAGCAGGUCCUGCCUAAUCUCAAAACUCCUUACCUUAUAUGGAUUUACAUUCUGGGAUUCCAGAUCCCUAUGGAAGCUAGUGUGUCUGAAGCAGUUGAUAAAGCUAUCCCUCGAACUGUCAUCUUAACUAACCGACACAUCUGCCUUUGUGCUGAGGAUUUGGUUAGCUACCCACUUCCAGAUUUUGCUCGGGGGUUGCCUGACAAGCCACGCCAUCGCAUUCUGGACGUACGAAAAAUUGAAUACCUAAAGCGGAUACUUGUAGAUUCUGAACCUCUUAAAUGUUUAACACUUGUGUUCUCAGACGAAGAUGACGAAAUAGAGGUUGAUGCCUCUUUCGAAUAUUACAGUCCCAAAGAAGAACUGCAGGGCCGUGUGUCCCCUCCUGAAAUUAGUGUGAGACUUCUGUUUCAGAAAGGUAAAGAAGAGGAGAAAUUACUGCAGAUGUUGAAGCGACAAUGGGCUGAGAUCCAUUCUUCUGCUGAGCUCCCUGUUCACACGACAACUUGGCUUAAACAGGAUAUAUACUCAACUUCCCAAGGAUCAACAGGAUGUCAUACACUCUCUUAGAACAAACGUGGUGGUGACCAUACAACUUCCUUUUUUAUGCAGUAUAUUACAGCAUCAGCGUCCUGAGAGAGUCAGGACAACCACACGCUUACUCGGAUUAAGAAGGCCACUCAACAAUUAACACUGCUUUGAGAUUAACACAAUCAUGACCUAAUGUUUUGAGACUAACAUUCAAACCAUAGAUUUAAAAACAAAAAAGCAAAAAAAAAGCAUGUCAUACAUUAAACCUAAACUAAAGCUACCUGUGUGAGGUGUUGUACUCUCUUUUCUGUGCUAUCGUUAAGAAAAAAAAACAAAAAACAAAAACAAAGAGAAUCCCCCUUCCUUCCCCUGUUAUGUCUCCUUAAUUUAUAAUUUCAGAUUUAUGUUAUUCCUUGUCUUUCACAGAACCAAUUCUAAAAUACUUUGACGAAUACUCUGAGUAACUAUGCACCGAUACUGCAAGUGUUCUGGAGCAACAUCUAAACUCCUGAGUGGCAGGCAGAGUUUCAACUCACUCAUGCCACAAAUGCCUUUAUGAAUGGCAUGAACAUCACAGCAUUGCAUUUCCCAUUCUUUUAUAAAUUUUUGAGGUCAUGUGUUUUGCUAAGAACUCACUUCUGUCAAUCAUUAGUGAAUAACUUGCUUGGGUUAAUGACUUUUUUUAAAAAUUAUUUAUUUAUUUAUUUUAUUUUGAAAAGGUAUAAACUUGGCCCAGAGUUUUUGAAGGGUAGUGUUGGGUGAGACUGGAACACUUGACAUCAGGUUGGGUGUGUUAAUAGGCUAACAGGUGAACUGUACUCAGUUCUUUCUAAUUUUAGCACAAGGCCAGCAAUUUUAAGAGGAGGGGCACUUUGUCCUAUUAUUGGACUGAUAUGUAUUUUACCAACUUCCAAAAGGAUGAAAGGCAAAGUUGACUUCAGUGGAAUUUGAACUCAGAAUGUAAAGAGCCAGAAAAGAUGCUGCAGAGCAUUUUAUCUGCCAACCCACCACUUUGAGCUGUACCAGUAAUAUGUCAGUGGAGGCCUAUUGGAAGGUUGACCAGUUCCCAGGUCAACAUGUCUGUUUAAUAUUUUUGUUGUUGUUAACAGUUUGAUGCUCUAAAUCAGUGGUUCCCAAAGUGGGCAAUACUGCCCCCUUGGUGGGGGCAUUGCAGUGAUCCAGCAGGGACGUUGAAGAAAAGUGAGGUGAUAAUGGAGUGGCCAAAAGGGGGCAAUGGAUCUAAAAACUACAAAAUUAUGGGUUAAAGUUUUAUUUGUGAAAUACUGUUGUUGAACUUGCUGCAGAAAAUGGUCAGAGUUUGUACUGGUGAGUUGUGGAAUGGGGGUGGGGUGGAUGCUAGGAAUGUGGCCCGGGUGCCAAGGGGGCAGCAGCCCCAAAAAAGUUUGGGAACCUCUGCUCUAAAAUGUUGCAUCACUUUGUGAAGUUUUGUUUGAGUCAGUGACAUGUCAGCUGUGACUGGAAUAACCUUUUAUAUAUAUUUCCAUGAAAUAUGUAAAUAUGCGUGUGUGUAUAUAUAUUUGUGUUUAUAUAUUUAUGUGUAUGUGAGUAUGUAUAUAUUUACAUACACACGUGAUCAUUGGUCAACGACUGGGAAGUACAUCCUGCUGUAAAAAAUGUUUCUAUAAUGUACUUAAUAUUAUACAUUUCUAAAUCCAACUUACCCAUGCUGUCUGGGAAAAUGGAUAUAAAACUACAUGUGUGUGUGUGUAAAUAUUGUAAUAUAUAUGUAUGUAUGUAUGUAUAUAAAUGGUACAUUCUAUUGUUAUAUAAAUGUUAUGCCAUGAGAGUACUUGAUAUCUUAAGAUAAAGAACUAAAACAUCUAUAUAUACUGGAAAUAACAGAAUCUAUAUAGCUAUACACACCUGCACUCACAUGUAUAUGCGUGUGUGUGUGUGUAAUGUAUAUAUAUAUAUAUAUAUAUAUAUAUAUAUAUAUAUAUAUAAAUAUGUAUACAUGCACACAAUAUUUAAUUAGUCAGAAGAGGAAUAAGAUACAGAUCCCUGGAGAAACAGUUUUACUUUGUUCUUUUUUUUUUUUUUUUAAAUCUUUAAAACCCCAACCCUACCCCACUUUCAAGAUGUUACCAUUAAGGGUUUGUCAUGUUUCCUUAUAAGUUCCUUAUGUUUUGUUUAAGACAGUAAAUUUCCUUGGUCCGUUGCUGUUUCAGCAGAGGCGUGGUUUAUUUUCUGAAUGAAAAAUUCCGGUUAAUGUUAUUAUUGGUUUCCUUUGUUAUUGUGAAU